AGACACUACAUCUACUGGUAUUAUUUUUGAGAAUCACAACAACAACAACAACAACAAGGCUAAGGCCCAAUGACCAUGGCUUCGAUAUCCAUCAACGCCCCCGGUGCAUCCGGCUUCAUCUACAACAAUGCGAACCUCGGGACGGCGCGGGUGUGCAUCACGGCCGAGACCGAGGAGUUCGACACCCAGACCAUUCGCGCGUGGGCGGACGAGGGGUUCGAUGUGGUGUACGUGCCGUUCAACAACGGCGGGAAGGACUACGCGGCUCGACUGCGGACGGUGAAAGAUGGGUUGGGGGUGGGGGACAACUAUGCGAUCAUCGCCUUCGGAGACGCGGCCUCCUUCUGCAUGGACUACUUCCUCAAGCCGACCAACGCGAGCCGUCUCGCCGCGCUGAUCGCCUACUACCCGACCACCAUCCCCGACACGCGCAACCGCUACUCGGUGCAACUACGGGUGCUCUGCCACCUGGCCGGCAACACGGUGGACAUGAUCACCAUCCCGACGGCGCUGGGGCUGCAGGGCAAGAAGAAGCGGACGACCAAGAAGAUCAACCCGGGCAUCGGCACGGGCGAGCGGCUGAACAUCGGCUGGCCGACGUUCACGUACGCCUCGGUGCAGCCGGGGUUCGCCGAGAGCGACCUGGAGGAAUACGACCGGCUGGCGUCGGAUCUGGCGUGGAGCCGCACGCUGCAGGUGCUGCGCAAGGCGUUCGGGAAGGACCUGGAUCUGGAGUCGCGAUGGGAGGAGCAUCUGGAAGCGCGCUUCUUCUCCAUGAACCUCAAAGGCACCGUCGAGCCGUACGUCUCGCACCUCAACCCGGCGGUGACGAUGGCGCCGACGAUGAGCGGGGGGAUCGGCGCGCACGCGCUGCGCCGCUUCUACGAGCACCACUUCCUGCGCAAGCUGCCGCCGUCGAUGCGGCUGCGGCUGAUCUCGCGGACGGUGGGCGCGGACCGCGUCGUCGACGAGCUGUACGCCUCGUUCGAGCACUCCGAGGAGAUCCCGUGGAUGCUGCCGGGCAUCCCGCCCACGCACAAGCGCGUCGAGCUCAUCCUGGUGAGCAUCGUCAGCCUGCGCGCCGGCCGCCUGUACUCCGAGCACAUGUACUGGGACCAGGCCAGCGUGCUGGUGCAGCUGGGCCUGCUGGACCCCAAGUACGUGCCGCCCGGCGCCGCGCCGCCCGGCGUCGACCGCCUGCCCGUCGUCGGCCGCGAGGCCGCCCGCCGCAUCGUCGAGGAGGACCCGGAGGCCGAGCGGAAGGACUACCACAACCGGCUGAUCCGCCGCGCGCGCGCCAAGCAGCGCGGCAAGAACGGGAUCGUCGAGGAGUCCGGCACGGAGGCGGGCGAUCUCGUCCCCGAAAAGGCGCCGGGCGACGGCGACAACAAGGGCAAGAACGUGCAGCGCAACGGCGAGGAGCAGCAGAACGGUCACCACCAUGACGACGACGGCGGGCACGACGGCGCGGUGGGCGACGAGCAUCCCGAUGAUGAUGAUGCCGACCACAACACCCCCAGUAACGGGCAUAGCAAAAGUCCCGCCGCUGCCACUGUCGAGGACGAGCCCGAGCCGAAAAGUAACGACUGAGCCCCACCACCCGGGGCCCCAUUUCUCGACUUCGACUGGCAUUUUCUAUACCCUCGAUAUCUGCAUUCUGUAUCUCAUGGUUUUGAAUUAUCUUUUGAUUCCAGAUUGUGCGAGAUGACUCGCGUAUCUCUUUGUUUCUUGAUGUGUAGUGGUGGUUAUUGAUUCCCUAUCUUUCCUCCAAGCUUAAUACAUAGUAAUCUCAUAGCCGAAUAUAAUGAAGGGUCUAAGUAACGUUCCAACUUCUUCCGAAUGACACUCCAAAUGGCUAAUUCAAGCUCUUAUGCAGGUACUAUG